CGGUUGGCUCGGGCGAAAAGCUUUCGAUACAGCCUGCAAUUUACUUGAGCUUGCACGUCACCACCUCCCUGUUAGAGCAUCCCGACGACAGCGAUGAGCGACACGGAGAACAGCAAGAAGAGCAGCAGUAGCAACUACGAGGAGCGCGUGAAGCACGUGUCGGUGAUCGCUAAGCCGCUGGCCACCAAGAAGCAGACCAAGCGCGCCUACAAGGUGGUCAAGAAAGCCACUAAGGUCAAGGGCAUUAAGCGCGGCGUUAAGGAGGUUGUCAAGGGCAUUCGCAAGGGCGAGAAGGGCGUUUGCAUCAUUGCUGGCGACAUCUCGCCGGUCGACGUUAUCUCGCACAUUCCCGUCCUUUGCGAGGAGAACGACAUUCCCUACAUCUUCACCCCCUCUAAGGUGGACCUUGGUGCGUCAGCGUUGUCGAAGCGACCCACGAGCUGCAUAUUGAUCACUCCCAACAAGGCUGGCUUCAACGCGAAGGAAGCCUACGACGAGCUACUCGAGGACGUGAAGCAGGUGCAGCCCACGUAUUAGAUCCUUAGAAGGCGAACUACCCCCAGCUUCACUCCCCGUUAUACAUGUAGCACUUUAUCAUUAGCCUGUCCGUCUGUUGUUGUGCUACCACAUUGAGCCUUCGACUGCAGAGCGGUGCUGUAUGUGUAUCAGAGACACUAGCUUAUCUAUCAUAGCUACGAGUCUUCCUCGAAUCAAUGCUGCUACAUAAUCGCCACCAACCGACAAAGCAAUUAUCUAAACGAACACUAACCAAACUGUAUUUGUUAGUCUAGUUACGGCAUGCCCACCAUGUCGUUAGCGUAGCAACCUUAAAACACGUCGUUGAAAAUGCCACGAGCAAGAUCC